GAAACCAACAAGAUCGAAAGCCAUGCCAGGGUGCCCAGACUGUUGUUGUUGUUGGGAUUGUGAUGAGAUGAACACAGCGAGAAGUUGUUCCUCCGACUAGCGCGAAACCCCGAAAGGUUCACAAACGGCGCGUAAUGUGUGAAAUUUCGUCAAUACUGUAGGAGCAACACCACAUUCCUACGAAAUCCUUUGCAAGCGCCCUUGUCCUCUUCUUAUCUCGAGUCCGUCGGCUUCGCGUGAUCAUCACCUCCUGAUUGGAUUUCGGCUUGGGCACCCCGAAUCAAGGAAUUGUGUGGGAGGAAUUCCGUUCACGCAUUGCCUCGUGGAGGCGUCAUCUGGGCAAACAUGGUGUCAUUCAGUUGCGAGAACUGCGGCGACGUCUUAACAAAGAAGAAGCUUGAUCCCCAUCGUAACCAAUGUCGCGGCGCAUCAUACACUUGCCUGGAUUGUAUGGUCCAUUUCGAAGGCUUCGACUACCGUUCGCACACUUCCUGCAUCAGUGAAGCGCAAAAAUACCAGGGCCAUCUGUACCGAGAGAAGGAUAACAAAAAGGGCAAGAACGACAGGCGGAAAUCUGUAGGUGGACAGGACAAGUCGCAAGAUAUGGUUUACAAAGGCGCAUACGUCGAGGACGCGCGCGACGACGAUGGUUCGCAAGCCGUCGCAAUCGUGGAUGUACCACCACGAGCGCCGACUCCACCAACUGCAUACCAACAGGAGCCAUUGCAGGAGGCUGUGAAUGUCUUCGAUUAUCUGGUCGAAGAUGCCACGCCAAACACUCAUGGCCAGUACCGGGAGAUUGAGGAUGGUCGUUACGAUUCUCAAUAUUCCAAUGGCGAGGACGCACGAUAUUUGAACAAAGGCUAUUCUUAUGGAAACUCAGCAGUGACGCCUAGCAACCGGAAAUACGACUCGUUUGCGCAAUACGAUGAUUCACAACAAUCGCAGGCAUCAAUGGCGCCGCCAUCGUAUGUCACUCCGGCACCAAAGGAUCGAAAUAAGGAGGGUCGCAGUGAUAAGAAACGCAAGCGCGGAACGGUAGAUGAGCUUGACCUCUCUACCUCGAAACGCCCAGUAUCGCGGGACGAGAACAUGCCGGAUGCGCCCGCCGGCAGGACUCUUCACUCCGGUCUCACUGGCGGUCUCAGUCGUCUCAUCACAAGUCCCGAAUUUUAUGAAGAUCGCAUUGACGCCGGACCGACACCCAUCAGUCCCAUCAAGCGCAGCAAGCGUGAAGGUGAUUUUGAGAAAAUCAAUGGUCGCGACGAUCGCCGGAAAUCAUCAUACGGCACGCAAGCCAGCUCAAUGGUCUCUGGCACUACGGCGUCCACUCGCUAUCACGACGAUGUUGGCCAUCGCAAACGCAGCUCACGUCACCGCGACUCCGUCUCCUCCGCUGAUGAACCGGGCUCUGUUCGGCGCUCAUCUCAUCGCAACUCAUCUGUUCAACCUUCGAACAACAAUGCACUGACCACAUAUUCUACGCGUGCGGAGCUUUUCAUGAGCUUCAUCACGAAAGGCCCUGACAGCGAACGGGGAUUGUCAGUCAACAAAGUGCUGAAGCGAUAUCAUCGGGAGCGAGAGACUCGAAACGGAGAGGAGAAGGAAGACGACGACAAGGAGCUUUUCAAGGGCCUGAGGUUGAGGAGGAACGAGAGAGGCGAGAUUGUCCUUUUCGCUGCAUAAGCAGGGUCAAACGGUUGUGUCUGAGCAGCACGGGGCAUGUUGUGGUUCUUCGCAACUUCGUGCAGUACUCUCUUCUUUACGGCAUGUUUUAUUUUGAUUCUGAUUACUUAUGGAUGUGAAUAUGAAGGGGCGAGGACUUAUGGCCGUGGGAGUCGAUGUGGAUAUCGUUGUGGCAUUUUGAUUAUUUCCUGGUUUCUCGACACGGUCUAGUCGAUCAUUGUUUGGUGGUUGUUCCAUUGCUUUUCAGGUUUGCGCUGCGACGAGCGGGUUGCGAGCAUGCGUGCGAUUCAUAUUUGAUCUUCUUGGUUCUUUGCUCUGACUUUUCCUCAUAAUGAUCAUUCUAUCUAAUCUGGG